AUGAUCACGGAGGCGCUGCAAACCAAGGUGGGACCGGCACUCCAAGCGGCCUUCUCACAUGUGGGACAGGAGUUGACCCAGCACGCCGUGAAGAUCAACACGCUGGAACAGGAGAUCCGCAUGCUCAAGAUACGUACCGCAUGGACCGAAAAAGAUCUGAUGUACUCACAGAUCGAAGCUGCCGAACGUACCCUGGUGGUGCGUAAUUUUCCAGAAUGGGCUACGGCUGAAGACAGAGAGCUCACAAUCGCCAGGGCUCUUCAAGACAACGGCCUUGGCCAUCUGGAAUGGGACCUCACAACCACCAGGAUGGAAGGCAACAGUGGUGUGUUCUUGGCCCCGAUCUCGAUCCUCACAGGCAGUGGUGCGCUCUGGCACAAGAUCGAGGAGGAAAAGACGCCUGCCGAGGACCAGGACAAAGAAAAGGACAAGGCUCAAAGCUCCGAGCCACAAUCGGAGAAGGUAGCCGAUGCAGGUGAAAAGGAGGAACCUGCCGCUUCCCCCUCACAGUGGGAGGAGGUACGUACAUGGAACUGGAACACUCCGGUCAAGAUGGCUCCAGGCAUCACCCAGUUCGAGCCUCGCUUGGGAGCACCGAUGCAUGGCCUGAUGAAUGCGUACCAAAAGCUGUUCCCUCGCUUCAAGAAGGAGACCCUGGUGCCAAGGUGGAAGACGCUUAUCCUUGAGGAUCAGGAGGGUGCAUGGUUGGGAAGAGUCUUUUACAGCAGGCGGCAGCGCAGCCUCACGGGGACCACAGGAACGGUCUCCGAUGCGCGUUGCGAAGUUCAGCUCCACGCCGAGCACAAGGACCGCAUCCUUGCAGCCUGGCGAGAUGUGUGGUACAAUCAGCUCAUGCACCAGAUCGAGCACACAGAAGUCGAGACAAAGGCUUUUGCUACGGCCUCACAGAAGACGAGCCAGGAUUACGCGGCGGCGGCCCGGCUGAACCGCUUCCUCACAAGGGCGGUCCCUUCCUACACAGACGCCAUGGAAGCCGAGAUCAAGCUUGGAGAUAGCCUCGUUGGCUUUGCGGCCCAAGGCACCAAGAGACAGUACUCCACAGGCACUAUGGAACCCUACUACCCCUUCGACUCACAGGACGAGCUCCACCUGGCC